AAGAAUUGAAAGCUCGAUUCGAUACCUUAAAAAAAAGUAGUCUCAGAAGUCGGAAGAGAAGAAGCCGACUCCCCUCCCCACUCUUCCAUGUUCAAUACCUCUCAUUUCCUUUCCUUCUGCAGGAAACAACGUUAACAUGCGAAGGAGGAUCCAUACACCGCCGGCCCUCUCAAUCUUUAUCUCCGUCCUUCUCCUCGCUUCUUUCUCUCUGUAUCUCUCAAGAGAUGUCUUCUCCGGCGAAGAAUCCCGUCCCUCUCCGUCGCUCUUUAGAAAGCGGUUCAGUAAUCUCCCCCUCAACUUUGCAGUAACCGAAAAUCAGUAUCGCCACCGCAGCAGCCAUCACGUCUCUUCUCUCGGGGAACUUUCACCGGAUGCAAUCCUCUUUCCCGACUGGGAGGUCCUCCUCGUCCUCUCCCCGCGGGAUUCUUUGCCGUCGGAUUCCAGUGAUGGUUACUUCUGCCUUUUCCAAAAUAACGCCACUUCCCCGGCUAGACCCACCGGAUUUCUGCCGUUUCAUCAGCUUGUCACCUUCAAGUGUGUCCUUCCUAGCAGCGUCCGCCGCCUACGUCCGUUUUACCAGCCGAUCCUGACGAAAUCACCGGAAUAUUAUUGGCUAGGAAACGAUUCAGGCUCGCCUGAGUUGCUCCGAUGGAGCCACCUUGCUUAUGAAUCCCUAUCAACGGAGAAUGAUGUCGUCUUGUUCGCCAAAGGCGUUAACCAACGUCGAGACCGCAGCCGGCCCCCAUCGGAGCUCCGGUGCGUGUUUGGCGACGACGCGACUAAGGCAGUCAGGACGGAAGUUACGAUCUCUUCACAGGAGGUUUUCCGGUGUCGCCACCCCGACGAGGCAUCGCUGCGCCGUCUGUUUAAUGGAAGGGACGACGAGAGAAUCAAAAUUUCACUCGAAGUUAGACAACAGAAGAAGGUGACGGUGGUGCCAUCGUUGGCCUAUUACUCCGGCCCCCGUAAAGUAACCAGCGAGAAGGGGAAGUCGCUAGUGUGCGCAUGUACGAUGGUUUACAACGUGGCAAAGUUCUUGAAGGAGUGGGUGAUUUAUCACUCCAAGAUCGGAGUUGAUAAGUUCAUCUUAUACGAUAACGGGAGCGACGACGGCCUGGAGAAGGUGGUGGAGCAGCUGCUUCUGCAGGGAUACGACGUCAAAACCUUACUCUGGCCAUGGCCGAAGACGCAGGAGGCCGGGUUCUCGCACUGUGCUGUGUAUGCCAGAGACUCAUGCACAUGGAUGAUGUAUGUCGAUGUGGAUGAGUUCGUAUUUUCCCCAUCAUGGCUCAAGUCUCUUCACCCAUCUCCUGACAUGCUGAAAUCUCUUUUGCCAUUGCCGAGAACAUCUCAUGGAUCAUCGUCGUCUUCAUCAGGACUACCCAUUGCACAGAUUAUGAUGAGAUGCUUGGACUUUGGGCCGUCCAACCAGACAUCCCACCCAAUUCAGGGAGUGACGCAGGGCUACACUUGCAGAAGAAAGAUGGAACAGCGGCACAAGUCGAUAGUGUUGCUGGAAGCAGUGGAUACGACGUUGAUAAAUGUAGUUCACCAUUUUCAGCUGAGAGAAGGGUACAGAGGGAAGAGGUUGACGAGGGGAGAAGGGGUGGUGAACCAUUACAAGUACCAAGCUUGGUCGGAAUUCAAGGCCAAGUUCCGGAGGAGGGUCUCGGCUUAUGUGGUGGAUUGGAGACAAGAGUCGAACCCUAUGUCCCAGGAUAGGACCCCUGGACUAGGGUUCGCACCCAUCGAGCCCAAAGGGUGGGCUACCAAGUUCUGUGAGGUGAAUGAUAGUAGGUUGAAGGUGGCCACUCAAAGAUGGUUUAGGUUCGGGUUGGAUUCUCCGACUGGGUACAAGAUGGCUUGGCAAGAUUAGGGUUAGGAAUGGGGACUGGGGAGGCAUCAAUUCUGUCUACCUCCCUGCUGUCAUGGUUUGGACCCAAGCUCUCAGCCAGAUGGACAUGGAAGAGAAAAAACAGAGGAAACAUGGAUUGGUGAAUACUGUAGUCUGUAGAGGAUAUACAUACACAUUUGGAAUUAAUUCUUUAUUUUUUUUCUU